CAGUACGCUGGAGAACUCGUGGAGUACGGCGCUGCGCCUGCCGGCUGCCCCAGAUCUCCGCCCAGUGCUUCCUCCUCAGAGGGGUAUCGCGAAUCCGAGGCGGGCAUCGCGCGCGCUGCGCUCCCUCCUCCUCUCAGUCCCUCAGGGGUGGGGCCGUUUUCACCGCGAGGCGGGAGUUUGAAUCGCUCUCGCGGGUGCCGGCCUCCGCGCUAACUGCCUCCCCUCGCCUCAGCGCGGCCGUUGGCCCGGCCUUCCCCUCGGGAACGACGCGACAGGUCACGGUGCCAUUUUGUGCUGUCCUGUUUCCGAACCGCGGCGAGCUCUGUGAAAUUCAGGGCGACCUGGAAGGCCGAAGUAGGGUGAUGACAUCACCCUGAGUAACUAUCCCGUCUCACCUCCGUCUUUUUAACACCUAAUCAACUGAAGCGUGGGACAAAAGAUUUCUGGGUGUUAAGCACCUUUCCUCCCCCCACCCCGAACAAAUAGUCCAGCAAAAGUAGCGAAGGCCCAGACUUGACAUUCUUGGUACUUUUAAGGAGAUAAUUGAUGGACAUUGGAGAGUCAAGAGAAAAAUAAAAAGGUUUUAAAGGACAAAUUUCCAGGGGCUGAAGGAAAAACCUUAAAAGUAAUACUUUGAAGUGAAAGUGCCUUUCUUAUUAAAAUCCCUGAAUACAUAUUUUAAACAACUUUUUUUUAUUUACCAUUGGGCUAGCAGACUCCAGAUUUUCCUUGUGUUUGGAUAUUUUUUAAGGCUGCUUGUAGAUCGUUAUAUUCAUAGCAAAAGUGUUGCUUGUAAUCAUGAACAGUGGAAAUCAGUUUGUGGAAACUUUAAAGAAAGUUGGUUAUCCAAAAGCUGCUCAGCUUAAUGGAGAAGACUUUGACUGGUUGUUUGAAACUGUGGAAGAUAAAUCAUUUCUGGAGUGGUUUUGUGGAAAUGUGAAUGAGCAGCAUGUGUUAACUGAAAAAGAACUGCAAGCUUUUGAUGCUCUUCUUAAAUCUGGCAAGCCCAUUUUAGAAGAAGAGGCUUUGGAUGAAGUUCUUAAAACCUGCAAAACCUUCGAUUCAAAAUCAAGUAGCAUGGAAGAAGGAGAACUUCAGAAGCUAGAGGAAGAGUUUCAAGCUCUUCAGAAAAUUAAAAACCUAAAAAUUCAUCGUCGUAAUAAGCUUCAAAUGAUGGCCUCAACAAACAGCCAUAUGUCACUGAAGUUAAAUGAUAAAGCAGAAGAAGCAGCUAAAAUUCUGAAAGAGAGACAAGGAAUUUUCACUACUAUAAAUACUAAGAUAAAUAAUGAACUUCACUCUCUUACUGAAGGAGUUAAGAAGUUGACCUUUUUCUUCACCUUUUCUGACUCGGAACAAGGCUUAGGUCCUCAUCCAGUAUUUUUAUCCCAACUUGCCUUGGAUAAAUAUUUGUGUCAGGAAGAGAAAAGCACUGCAGCACUUACUUCAUACACAAAAAAACAGUUUUUUCAAGGUAUAUCAGAAUUGGUUGAAAGCUCAAAUGAAGAAAAUUUCCAACUUGUAGAUAUAAGCAAACCAUUAAUUUGUGAUGAGAACAAUGAAGUCUGCAAGGAGAGACUUGAGAUGGCUAGGCUGCAGAUGGCAUAUAUUUGUGCUCAACAUCAGCUAAUUCAACGUAAAGCUAAAGAUUUAAGCAUAAACUCAGCUGUACAAUGGGCAGAGAAUAAUCUUCAAUCCUUAAAGAACAAGACUUUUGGAAAAGAACACCUUGAGGCUAGAAUUUCUAGCUUAAACAGUGACAUUUCAAAAAUAAAAAAACAGCUAACUCAAAUAAAUAAUGAAAUACUGCCUUCCCUGGUGAAGGAGAAUGCACAGCUAUUGAACAUGCCUGUGGUGAAAGGAGAUUUUGAUUUGCAGAUUGCUAGGCAGGACUACUAUACAUCAAGACAAGAUCAAGUAUGCAAUCAGUUGCUAAAACAGAAAGCAUCAUUUGAACUUCUUCAGCUAGCUUAUGAAAUUGAAUUGAGGAAACAUCGGGAUAUCCAUCGUCAACUUGAGAACAUAAUACAAGAUCUGAAACAGAGCAGCAAGGCCCUAGAACAGAGACUGGAGAUGAUGUCUGACCCACUUAUAACUCAGCAUGCAGUACCACGGAACACUAUUGAUUCAAGGGAUGGUGCCUCUCAUAGGCUAUACCAGCUUUUGGAAGGAGAGAAUCAGAAACAACAAUUGUUCAGAACGCAUGACGGUAUUGAACAAGUGGCACAGAAAUUAAAGCAAGACAUUACUUCAGUGCAAGAUCAGCUAGCAGUAUCUUCUCAAGAACAAUUUCUCUUUUUGUCUAAGCUGGAUAGUGAUUUAGAUGCACUUUGUGACUCUCUGUAUUGUGGGGGAAAUAAGAUCUUGCUUAGUAACCAGGAACUAACAGAACAACUUUAUCAACUGGAAGUGAACUUAAAUAAACUAAAUCAGCUUAUUAUGGAUCUUCUUGCUGAUGUAAAGGCCAAGAGAAAGGUUUUAGAGACAAAUACACUGCAUCAGAUGGAAAGAAAAUUGUAUGUGUAUUUUUUCAAAGAUGAAGACUAUUUGAAAGAUAUUGUGGAGAAGCUAGAGCAUCAGUCUCAGGCUCAAACCGUUGGUCUAGAGGAUUAAACAUUAAAUGCAUCUUUGUUCUACUGUUAAGAUGUGGAAAUAUUUAGUGUAGACUUUUCUUUAUGAUUCAAUAGGAAAACAAACUUUUUGGAUAAGUGCUUUAUUUGAUAAACUAAUAUAUCAUUAUCAGCCUUAUCAAGAACAGACUGUAAGCUCCUUUAUAGUUUUUGGCGUACAGAGACUUUGGAUUCAUACUUCAGUUUGUGAGGGUUUGCUUUACAAGAGAGGGAAUGCAUUAAGUAUCUAGAUACUGCUAGACUACAUAUUACCCAAUGUUAUUUAAUGUGUAGAGUAAAAUGCAGAUUCCUGCUUCCAUGA